UUGAUACUGUGUAAAGUAGGUACCUACCUAGACACCCAUGGCCGUGACCUGAUAGCCACACCCCAACGCAUAAAAACGUCUGGGUCUUCAUCAACAAACAGACUCUCUCCAACACUACCAAAAAGGGACAACACCCCCAAGCGUCAACUUGUUCCACUUGAAGUCGAUGUCUGGGUUGUCGCCAAAUUCCAGCAUGGGUAGUAUUCUUCAGCACCAGAAGUUUUGGGCGGACUCGGGAGCCCCUAUUUGCGGAAUCCCCGUUCGCGAGGCGUUUCUGCAGUUGUCGAACGAGGAACAACUAUACGCUCAUUUUGUGAGCCGCGCAGCAUUCCAUGGGACUCGAAUCAUCCUACAGCAGACUUCGAAAGAGGCCGAGUCCAUAUUCGACCUUAUCAUGGAGCUUUAUCGCCGAUCACACGGAGACUGGAGCCAGUUGGCUUCUGAUGCAGGAGUUGGCGAGAAUGACAUGAUGCAAUUCCUUGAAUAUGCAGCCAUGUUCCUGUCAAACGUGGGAAACUACAGGUCCAACGGAGACACCAAGUUUAUCCCCCGCCUGGACCGAAGUACCUUCGAGAAGAUUGCUUCCACGUCGGCGACGACCAGGACGCUCUUUGCAGUUGCCGUUGAUGGCAUGUACUCCAUCGAUCCGCAUCGCUAUGGAUACUCCGCAGACAAGAAUUGCGCUUCCGGAUUUUAUCCUGAGAACCUUCCCAUCUCCAGAGAGGAGGUCCAAGCAGUCCAGGAAUUCCUCGAGGCAAAUGAUAUUCUUCCUGAGAAUACUCGUCUUCAGAAGACACGAGAUCCGAAAUCGACGGACGAGGUCUCAUACACAUUGCUCAUUGCCUCGGUAGAUCGAGGAUGGCUCCCCGUGCUCAAAUCGCCAGCCCGACUGCGCUUGCCGGGUAACCCGACCAUCAACAUUCGUACUGGUGACUACUCGGAAAGCCUCAGAAAGGUCACGAAGGAGCUUGAGCUAGCCCAGUUACAUGUUGCCAACGAAGAGCAGGGACUGAUGAUCGACGCCCUGCUGGCAUGCUUUCGGACGGGGAACCACGUGGCUUUCAAGGAGGCUCAGACACACUGGAUCAAGGAUAUUUCACCAGCAGUGGAGCUUGUCCUUGGCUUUGUCGAGACGUACCAGGAUCCUCAUGGAGUCCGAGGCGCGUGGGAGGGCAUUGUGGCGAUUACAAACCAGGAGCAGAGCAAGCAUUUCAAAAGUCUGACCGAGAGAUCUCUCGAGUUUAUCGCCCAGUUGCCGUGGAAUGGAGAGAACGUGGGCCUCGGGGCCAGUACCCUCAGCGAGUUUGAGUCGCGGCGGUUCAUCAUGCCCGACUUCACCAGUCUCGACAGUAUGUUCCCCUGACCAACACAGCGCGACUUCGAACCACGAUGCUGAAUUAGGAACUUUGUAGCUGUCGCUCGAGACAGUUCGGAUAUGAUAGGC